AUGGCCGGGAAGCAGCGGCUGCGAGCCUCCAAGGCCUGCCAGCGAUGCAGCCGGCGCAAGGUCAAAUGCGACGCCGCCGAGCUGGGUUGUCCUUGCAGCCGAUGCCGCAUGGACAACGUCGCCGAGUGUACACUGACUUCCUCCCGUCGGGGGACCUAUGAUCGGGCAGGGUUUCGACGGCAGAUGGCCAACUCUGCAUCGUCAGCCCGGUCGUCAACUCCCCAGCUUGACAGCAGGCCAGAGAUACCUUUGAACGUAGAUCAACCAGGUCAACCAUCUGCCGUGUUGACUCGCCCGCCCGACAGUGUACCCUCGACCUCGACAGACGCAUCAGACCACCCAUCACUGUCGGCGAUGUUCGAAAGCUUCCUCGACCGCGAGGGCCACGAAGACCUCUGCAAGGCGAAACUAGUUUUGUUCGGCGAACCCUCUCCCUUGACGUUUGCGCUGCAGCUGCGGCGGGACAUGAAUUCGGGCCUCCACGACACCAACCAGCGUGUCUUGAACAGUGACUCACUGACCGUCGUUCAAGAAGACGUGCAUCCAAAGCAUCUACGCUCGCACGAUAUUGAGUGUCUCAAGGCGAAGGGGGCGUUCAUUUACCCAGAAUCAGAUUCUCUGGCGGAGAUGAUCGACGUCUUUUUGGAGCGUUUCUACCCUCUAUACUCAGUGGUAAAUCCAGCAGACCUACGCAAGGCGCAGCAGGAACGGAAACUGCCCUGGAUCCUGCUCCAUUCCAUCUGUUUUAUUGCCAUGACCUUCUGCGAGCCAGCUACAAUCUACAAGGCUGGGUUUCGGUCCCGCGCUGAGGCGCGUCAGACCUACUACGAUCGGGCCAAGGCACUUUUCGAUUUGAAUUAUGAAAACAGCAAGAUCCUUCUAGUCAAGGUGGCGAUCCUGCUGAGUUUCAAGGGCCCUCAGAUGGACUGCUACUGGAACCCGUGUUCGUGGAUUGAGGUAGGGGUAACCAUGGCUGUGGCCUUAGGACUGCACCGCAAAUCUGUUGCAGUCAAUGGGACCUUGAAUGAUCAAGGCCUGCUCAGGCGGUUAUGGUGGGCGCUGGUUGCUCGCGAUGCCCAUUGUUCCGCCCUGCUAGGCCGGCCAUUCCGUAUUAAUAUAGCCCAGUGCGAUGUUGAGAUGUUGACGCAGGACGACUUCCCGGAUGAAAAUAUAUCAGGCUACUCCCACGAGUCGGUCGAGUACCAGAUCCAAGCCACCAAGCUAUCCCUUAUCCUGCGAGACAUCAUGUUCCUGCGCUUCGGACCGACCAGUGUAAGCUUUACCACAGAUCUAAUCCACGAGCAACUGGCCGCCUGGAAAACAAACCUCCCAGUCACUAUGCAAUGCCAGCUCGGUCACUCCUCCAUAUCAGCCGUGCAGCUCGACAUCUUGCUUAAUUACCACACAAUGCUCCUCCACAUGGAGCAGCCCCACCAGUCAAGACCCAAUCCAUCCACCCUCUCAACCGGCUACGAUUCCACCGGCAUCGCCGAGUCCUCAGCCCUAGCCGUCUCAUCAAGCGCAAUAAAGCUCAUGACCCGGACCUCCAUCUGCAAUAUCCCUCACGAGGUCUUCCCCGGCUUCUUCAUGGCAGGCAUCAUCCUCUACCAGCAGACCCAACAAGCGCAGAACGCCCAUCUGGCGAGAAUGACCCAGGCCAGCUUCGACAACUGCCAGAUGCUGUUAAACCAGGCUCAGAAUACCUGGGACCCGGGGGUUUGGGCAAUGAAGGCUUUUGAAUUCCUUCUGUUUGCUGCGGAUGCUGUCGAAUCUCGCAUCCCUGGAGAUAGUACGUCUCUAGACGUUAAUCACGACGCUUCCCAGCCCCAGGCUCCGGGAUAUCCGAAUGUGGCCCCGGAUUUUGAUUGGAAUGUGCCUGGGGAUUUGGCGGAUUAUAUGCUUCUGCCGAACUUUUUUGCGCUGCCAUUUGAUAGCUAG